AUGGCUCCACAGCCCGAGGAGCGCGCCCUGUACCUCUCCAUCUACCUGCUGACCAUCCUGACCGGCUUCCCCACCAACCUGCUGGCCCUGCACGCCCUCAUCCGCAAGCUGCGCUGUAAGGCCACCCCCAACUGCAUCCUCCUGCUCAACCUCACCCUCUCCGACCUCUGCUUCCUGGCCUUCCUGCCCUUCAAGGUGGCCGAGGCCGGGGCCGGGCGCUGGCCGCUGCCCGCCUUCCUCUGCCCCCUCAGCGGCCUCUUCUACUUCAGCACCAUCUACUCCAGCACCCUCUUCCUGACGGCUGUCAGCGUGGAGCGCUACCUGGCCGCGGCCUACCCCAUCCGCUACAAGCUGCGUCGCCGCCCCGCCUACGCCGCCCUGGCCAGCCUGGGCCUGUGGCUCUGCUCCUUGGCCCACUGCAGCAUCGUCUAUGUGACCGAGCUGCAGCCGGGCGCCGGGCCGGCCAACGCCACCAGCGCGUCCUCCUCCAGGGACCUCUGCUACGAUGACUUCACCCCCAGCCAGCUGCAGCUGCUGCUCCCCGUGCGCCUGGAGCUGGGCAUCGUCCUCUUCCUCGUGCCCUCCUUGCUCACCUCCUUCUGCUACUGCGGCUUCAUGUGGGUGGUGGUCUCCUCGCCCCACAUCCGCCGGGGGAAGAAGCAACGAGCCGUGGGCUUGGUGGCAGCCACCCUGGCCGUCUUCAUCAUCUGCUUCACGCCAUACAACGUCUCCCACGUGGUGGGCUUCGUCCAGCGGGCCAGCCCGCCCUGGCGGGACAAGGCCCUGCUCCUGAGCACCUUCAAUGCCAGCCUGGAUCCCGUCAUCUUCUACUUCUCCUCCUCCGCCGUCCAGCACUCCUGCCGCAGGUUCCUGGCCCGGCUCUGGGGCGUCUGCUCCCUGCCCCCCUUGGCCAGGAAGGUCUUCUACCGCCGAACGGAGAAGCUGACACCGGAGCAGCCCCAGGAGCAAUGCAGAGGCCUUGGGGGUGGCCAGGUUUGCUGCUCCAAGCUGUGA